GAAUAACUUGUUUCAGGAAGAAGUUGGCGCCUACAGCGCUAUCUCUCGAUAGCUUACAAGCUAACUAUGAUAUCGAAACAGCUGUUAAUUCCUGUUAUCGUUUCUUUGUAAGAUUACAAACUAAAAUCCAAAAUGAACGACAUGGAGUUCAGCGUUCCAUUGUCCUCCCUUGGGCUCCUGGUUCCACCACUACGACUAAUGUCGGCGGUUAUGUGGGAGGUGGUGCGCCAGAGGAACAUAAAACACUAUGGGAAACUGGAAGAGUUUGUGUCCAUGGUAACAGAUGCUGUUCCAGAACUUAUGAGCAAAAGAGAAGGGCGGCUGCUCUCAUUGGGCUUGAGAGCAAGGACAACUCUGGAACUGUUGCGUUCUGAACACCCUGAAGAUCUCAAGGCUGUUGAAACCCACCUUGACAGAAUACGGUCAUCAUGUAUAGAGGAGACAAAUGAUGCUGUCAUGGAAGCACCCGAGGCAAACUUCAUGAAGCUGGUACAAGGCCUCAUUGAGGACAUUGAUGGGAGGGAGCAUUUCCUCAAGAAUGUGUUUCCUGUGGAGUAUGGCCCUGACUUUGAUACAGCACUCGAGACCUUAGUUUGUGAGUUCUUCACCAGACUAGAGGAGCUGCUACCAAUACCAGAUUUCAAACAGACUGCAUCCUGGAUCAGUGCUGCCCCCUCCGUCUUAGAGGAGUACAUGCAGUGUGUCUCAAAUGGCGAUGACCUCAAAUUUCUUCUCCAGAGUAAACAGUGCCAUGGGAAGUUGGCAAAAAGUGGUGUCGCUCCAUUUCAGUCAGAUGACCUUCUCGUACCCUCCUUAUCUCUUCCUCCCUCGUUGGAAGUGGCCAUUGCUUCCCAUCCAAGUGCAUGUGAUGAUGAAAAUAACGACGUUCCCCAAAUAGUUAUGUUUGACGAAGAGCUAUCAACAAAUUCUCAGGUUCCCUCCACAUCAUCUGACUUUCCUGAAUCCCCCAAAAGGGAUGUUGUCACAUCACCACGACGGAGACAGCAGCCAGGAAUGCAUAAAUGCCCAGAGUGUGACAAGUGCUUCAAGCACCACUCUGUCCUAAUUGAACACCAGAGGGUUCACAGCGGGCUCCAGCCUUACAACUGCUCUGAGUGCGGGAGAGCAUUCAGAACAGCAACUCUCCUGGCUGGUCACAGGCUACGCAAAUGCAAAAAUGCCGCCUACCUGUGCAUUAAAUGUGGGAACAGUUUUCCGACAUCACUGGAGAAAUUCAGACACCAGUGUCCUAAACGGGGCCGAAGCUAUGACUGUGUGCAUUGCAGAAAGAGCUUUCAAAAGUCAAGCAGUCUCAAGGAGCACUUGCUGACUCAUGUCCAAAGCCGCCUUUUCAAGUGUAGUCACUGUGGGGAGGGUUUCCCGGGAAUUGGGGAGCUGAAGUAUCAUCAGCAGAUUGAUCAUGACAAGCCCUAUCAGUGCAAGCAAUGUGGAAAGAGCUUCAUCUCUUCCAAGUGUUUGACCAAACAUCAGCAGCGUCAUGAGGAGGCUGGAGAAAUGGAGACCUCCAAAUUAAACAUAAGAAGUAAACACAGGAAGAGUAGUACUACUCAUCGAAAUUCUUCCUCAUCUAUAGCUUCCAGGAAGACGACUAUCAAAGCUGUCUAUGCAUCUGGACGAGUCACUCAUAACUGUCCACAGUGCGGCAGGAGCUUUAAGUAUCGGUUUGAAUUUCUUGAACACCAGAGGUUCCAUACAGCUGUCAAGCCCUACAAAUGCUCUCAGUGUGGCAAGGCCUUCCGAACGGAGGCUCACCUGUCUGGACACAGGAAGAGAAAGUGCAAGAACGCAGCCCAUAUUUGCACCAAGUGCGGCUGCCAAUUCAGGUCUUUGCAUGAACGUGUCAGGCAUCAGUGUGUACAGCUGCUGACAAAGUAUGAGUGCUCUCACUGCGGAAAGACAUUCAAGAUGGCACACCUCUUGAGGAACCACCAAAUGAGUGAACACCAGCUUCCCUACAGCCCCAACCAUCGCUUCAGUUGCAGAUACUGUGAUGAGACCUUCCCUGGGAUCAGCGAGCUCAAGUACCACCAGAGAGUCGAUCAUGAAAAGCCCUAUCAAUGCCAGGAAUGCGGCAAGAGCUUCUUGUCUGAGAAAUGCCUCUCAAACCACGAGCUGCGGCACAAUGAUGAGAGACCAGAAAACUGUCCGGUCUGCAGCCGAGGCUUCAGGAAUCGCUAUGACUUGAAGCAGCACAUGCGCACUCACACAGGUGAGCGCCCAUACCAGUGCACCCACUGUUCGCAGUGCUUCUCCACAGCAGGAGGACUCAGGAGUCACACAAGGGUUCACACAGGGGAGAAGCCACAUGUCUGUCCUGAUUGCGGCAAAGCUUUCUCCCAGAUGGGUGCAAUGCGCACCCACAGGCUCACUCAUACGGGAGAGAGGCCAUUCAAGUGCACGGUGUGUGGCAAGGGAUUCACUAUGGCGCAUAAGGUAACCGUACACAUGCGUGUUCACACUGGAGAACGGCCUUAUGUGUGCUCUCAGUGCGGUAAGGCUUUCUCAGAUGGAAGUGUGCUGAAACAGCACAUGCUUAAUCACUCAGGGGUAAGACCUUACCACUGCCAGAUCUGUCCCAAGACUUACACUUGUCUGAAUCACCUGAGGAGACACUUAAAAAGUCACUCAAACAUGAACUGAGAAGCAUAUUUUAAAAAGCCUCACAGCUGACUAUUGACAGUCAAACGGAUACGUGCAUUGCACAGAGCAUAGGUUUGAGAGUUGGCCGUUAACUGGACCAAUCAAUACAAACAUUGUAUGAAGGAACGUAAACAGUUACUGUUGAAGUAGACAUGGUUAUAUUUUUUUCCUUUUUUGAACAGUGAAUCACUGAUCACAAUGACCAUUUGUGUGGGAAUAAACAUCUAACCUUCAACUUCAGCACAAGCAAGUGGGUGCAUUUCCCCUUCAUUCUCCCAUUAGGCUUAUCCAUAAGCUUUUUUUGCUGACUUCAAUUUGAUAUGCAUGUUCACAUUUGGAUAGAUGGAUCUUGUAAUAUUUGAUUACCUUGCAUAAAAUAAAGGCUAUCAUACUGACGAAAGUAUAUUUUUGGAAAGGCCUCAAUUGUGCUAGAAAUUUUGGAUCUCUGUAAAUAUGCAGUACCAUGAGAGCUUGUGAAAGUUGGUUGUACAAACGCUUAGACGGUUGCUUACAUGAUUGGUCAUUUAAUAUGUUCAGUUCUGUUUUUUUUUAAUCUAUUACAUGGUUUUCACGCUUUUCUGAUUUUCAAAAAAAUAAACUCCCUUGUUA